CCGGAACAGAGAUACAUACUGUACGUCACACGGUAAUUAUUUUAUUUCUCAUUCAUAGUCAUUCACUUAUUUAUUCAAACAUUCAAGACACCCCAACCUAAACCACACGAAUGCACAAAUAAUGCAGAGUAAACUUUUACAAACACAGAAAAUUAGUGUAGCGGCACGCUGCACAAGUGUUUACAAAGAAUAUACUUUCAAGACCCCAAAUUUAGUUUUGACUUUCUAUGGGGGUGUUCAAGUCUGAAUCAUGGGGGUCAACCCAUGUGGGGGGCUGGAGGAAUUAGAGGUGUUUGGGCCAAAACGUUCAGUUUUCUCAGCAGCAGACGCGCUACAGCAGGUGGCAGCAGCAGCAGCAAUACAGUUUUCAUCUCGACGGGUGUCGAGGACUGCAGUCCAAAACACGAGUAACAGUCAGUAUCUCAAGAAAAAAGUUCAUUUCUGAAGAAAAAGUUCAGUCCUUUAACAUUUCUGGGAAAUUAACCCCUUUCUAACACGUUUUAUUAAAGCCAGCACCUGUUGGAAUUGCUUCAGUAGUUUGUUUUUACAAAUCAGGUAUGGUGAGGAUGGACGGAUCUCACUGGAAGAAAUUCUGGAAAAACACAUAUUGAAUGUCGAGCCCACCCGAUACACCUGCGUAGGUAACUGACGUCUGGACCACAGCUGAUAUAAAUGGAGCCGCGUCGCCACAAGUCGUCAGUAAUAAUGUUGAUGGUUGGCAUCGCCUUCAAGUGUGUGAGCUCCUCUGAAUGGAGUAGUGCUGUUUACUGAAGCUUCUGCGAAUUUUAUGCUCUACGCGACAUGGAAGAAAACAACGCCACGUCCUUUUCAUUUCAGAACGACAGUGGUUUAGAUCAACAAAUCGACAAUGUGACUUUACCUGUGAAGGUUCCUCUAAGUUAUCAGAUCUCCACGUCUCUGCUGAUCGGCGCGCUCAUUCUAUGUUCCAUAUUUGGAAACGCAUGUGUUGUGGCGGCUAUUGCUUUGGAAAGAUCCCUGCAAAAUGUUGCAAACUAUCUGAUCGGAUCACUUGCCGUGACGGACCUCAUGGUGUCGGUGCUUGUGUUGCCCAUGGCGGCUCUUUAUCAAGUUUUAGACAAGUGGACACUUGGACAGGUAACUUGUGAUAUUUUUAUUUCUUUAGACAUUUUAUGUUGCACAUCUUCCAUUCUGCACCUGUGCGCUAUAGCUUUGGAUAGAUACUGGGCGAUCACCGACCCUAUAGACUACAUGAAGAAAAGGACAUUAAAACGUGCCGCUCUUUUAAUCACCGUUACCUGGUUUGUCGGCUUUUCAAUUUCAAUUCCACCCAUGUUGAUUAUGAAAUCUCAGCCCAAGAGUAAAGCAGAAGACAUGGCCAAUCCUGAAGCUUGCAUGAUCAGCCACGACCCGUGGUACACUAUUUACUCCACCUUUUGCGCUUUUUACAUCCCCCUGAUUCUCAUGCUGGUCUUGUAUGGACGCAUAUUCAAAGCGGCAAGAUUUCGCAUUCGCAAAACCGUUCGAAAACCUGAGAAAAAGAGGGUGAAAUGUUUGACUGUGUCGCCUGCGCUUUUUAAGCGCGCGAACGGAGAGUUGGGCAAAAACUGGAAAAGCGCAGUCGAACCCAAGCCCGCCGCGUGCGUAAACGGCGCGAUUAAGCACGCGGAGGACGGCGAGUCUUUGGAGAUCAUCGAGGUUCACAGCAAUUCCAAAAACAACCUGCCUCUACCCAACACGCCAAACUCUGUCCCUCUGUUCGAGAACAAACACGAAAAGAACACCGAGGCGAAGAGGAAGCUCGCUUUGGCGCGCGAGCGCAAGACAGUGAAGACUCUGGGCAUUAUAAUGGGCACUUUCAUUCUGUGUUGGCUGCCAUUCUUCAUCAAAGCGCUCGUGAUGCCUUUUUGUCCAUCUUGUGAUAUGCCUUUGUGGCUCAAAGACGUUAUUAAUUGGCUCGGAUAUUCCAACUCCCUUUUGAAUCCCAUAAUUUACGCAUACUUCAAUAAAGACUUUCAGAGCGCGUUCAAGAAAAUCAUUAAAUGCCAUUUUUGCAGACCAUAAGCAUCCUGCAUUUUCAGUUAGAAAACGCGUUUGACCAGUAUUGAUUGCUCAGAAAAAGAAUGGUGUAUUUUAACAGCACUGAAAACUUCCUUUUUAGUACCAGUAUACAUAUAAAUUAUUUACUCUGAUUGAUUUUAUAUAUCAGAUGUAUAUUCUAUAAUUAUAUCAGGUUACAUAAUGUGUACUGAAAAUGUUUUUCAUGUCAAUGACAAACACAUAUCAUGUCCAUGAUGUGAAAAUAAAGAAGUCUUAUGUGUUUUUGUCCUUGUUUUUUGAAUGUUAAUAUAUGCAGAGACCAAAAAAUCAUAAAUAGGCUACUAAUGUGUUUGUGAAUGAGAUCACAUGAUAAUAUGCUGUGCAAUGCUCAAAAUGACUGAAUUAAAUAAUUAAAAAAUAAACAUUUGUACUGAUGAAUAUUAUAUUUUAACAAUGGCUAAAUUAAAUCAGGAAUAGCAAAAAAAAAAAAAAAAAAACCUCACUUUUAACGCUUGAUAUGAAUGGACAUAUUAACAUGUUCAAUGAUUUGGAUGGAGAGAGGCAUAUGUGCAUAUAUAUAUAAAAGAAUGAAUAUAAACCUAUAUGUUUUUUUUCCAUUGUGUCUGAUGGCACAUGACAGCAUUUCACAGAUCAAGGAUUUCAACAAGCUAAUCACAGGAGGUGUCCUAUGCUGACACUUACUCAAAGUGCAUUAUUAAUAUUUGCUACUUUGACAGCUGUUUUUUCUCUCUCUCUCUCUAGAGACAGGUAUAUUGAUGUGUCACUCUCAGUCCAUCAUUUACAUGCGUCUUUAUACUUUUCCUCUUUGCCAUGCAGACACUUUAAAACCCAUUAAUCCUGACUUGCGCCUUCAUCACCUUUGGAACAGAGUGUAAACCUUGUGUGAAACAAUGGAUACAAAGGAGCGAUAGAGUGGCCAAAAGAUCCUCUUAACAAAUCCCUUCAUAAAAGAAUGUUUUCACAACAAGAUGCUCCACCGCACAUUUUUCUUUUGAUGACAGAAAUCUCAAGGCUUUUACAUGAUCAGGAAUGUGCCAGUGCAAAUUGUGCCAACGAAUUAUAUUAACAGGUCCCCAGUUGCCGCUGUUUGUCAACAAAUGAAUUCUUGUUUAAACAAAAUUGUCAGUUUUUUUAAUCAGUGCUGAAACUGUGAUUUGUGCAUUCAUUUACUAAAAUCAUUUGUGUCCCAUUAAAGCAACCAAUCUACUGGGUAAUUUUUUUUUGGAGGACUGCAGUAGGAUCAAAGUCUCAAAAGUUGCUCAACAGCCCUGCCAUCCAGUUUGAAUCACUAAAAGCCACUCAACAGAGCAGACACAGUGAUGCUGGUCACCAUAGCGACACUCAGAUGUUUCAAACUCUGGGUCUGAGGUGCAAUUAUCUGAUCAAAGGCCUAGGACAAUACACAGAGCCCACGUGCACACCCACAGCUGGCAUGAUUUAGCGACCUGAGGAUCCACAGCUAUUUAUUACCAAUGAGAAACCUCUAGAACCCUGCAGAGAAACAUUGCUGAUCGCUCAACAAACAUUGUUGAGGUCCAUGAUUGUCUAUUUUGCGUUAGAGCUCUGGCAGAAUAGCUUAAGAGCUCACUACAGUACAAAUAGUUUAAAAUUGGAUAACAAAUAAACUUUUUUAAGCUAUUACUAUGUCUGUCAAGCUCUGAAAGGGUUAGUAUACCAAAAAUCCAUUUGUCCACAAUGCUAUAUUCCAAAAUACUGUAGUUUUGUGUCAGUAUCCAAUGAAUAUGUUGAGUGGUAAUCAGUGAAUACUGGAUAUUUCUGUUUUUAUCUGGGUUCAGCCGAGAUAACAUAGUUGAAAAUAUAAUGUCAGCAAAUGUAGGUGUUAAAUAAAUAAAUGAAAACAGUUAUUCAGGUUUAAAAAAAAAAAAAAGUGACACUAUGAAAUUUCGUAAUCAGGCUUUCAAUGAGCUCUGUCUGAGAAACAUUAAUUCCAUUUUUCUCAGUCUUUCAACAAACAAUAAUCAGAGGCAGAUGCACUGUCAAAAGAAGAGAUUCUGGAAAGUCCAAUGUAAUCCAGCCAGCUGAACGCUGAUUCUCGAGUGGCCGUUCUUCACAGUGGGCAAGACACAAAGGUUUAAACUCAAGAACACAGCUCAACCAUACGUAAUUCCCUGGAAAAUUGGUACAUACAAAACAAAAAAAAACAAAAAAAAAACAUCCUUCUUGAGUGUUGUGCACACUAGAAGCAAUUGUCAAACAAACCAAAAAUAAAACAACAAAGAAUCCAAUAGUCCUGUGGUUCAUAAGUAGCUUGAGUGUGCGUCAAUGAAAGCUUUCCCAGAGGUGGCAGGUGCUAGUGUUCAACUUCAGUCGAAGGACAUAUGAAAGAUAAUAUUUCCAAAUCACUUCAUUCAAAAUCAGCACAGAAGAAAAAGUACAUACUAUAUAUGGAAAAGAAUACCUUUUCUGAAAGUCAAUAUUCCACAAAAUUGCAAUUUGUUGUUCUUUUUCGUUUUAGUUUUGGGCUUUUUGCCAUUUUUAAUGAAAGAGACAGUUGAGAGAAGACAGGAAAUUAAGGUGAGGGAAAGUGGGAUGACACUAGAAUUGAAGUCAUGUCUCCUGCUUAUGGAGCCACUGUUUUUUUGUUUUGCGUCUGGAGCAUUAAAGGGUUAGUUCACCCAAAAAUGUCAUUUAUUACUCACCUUCAUGUCGUUCCAAACCCGUAAGACCUUCGUUCAUCUUCAGAACACAAAUUGAGAUAUUUUUGAUGA